GCAUGAGAGAGUUUGUAUCCCAGGCUUGAUAGAGCUGUUGAAUAACCUGUUGAAAGGCAACAAGAUGGAAAUAAACUGUGGAUAGAAGGAUGAAGUAAUAUUUUGGAUUCUUCACACCUUUCCUGCUCAGUCAAAUAAUAAUGGAUAGACUCCACACGUCGCUUUCUCUUGUUCUUUUGCUUUUCACCACCUUCUCCUCUAUUCUUGCUGGUAUGGACUCUUGUUACGAUGAGGAGGGCAACCCAAACCGCUGCAUGCCUAAAUUUGAAAACGCAGCCUUCAAUCGUUCCGUGAUCGUUUCAAACGUGUGCGGCAUCCCGCCCGAGGACUACUGCAUGCAGACGGGCUCCACGCGAUCAUGUCACCGCUGUGACGCCUUUGACUUGGAACUGAACCGCAACGCCUCUUACCUGACGGACUUCCAUGCGGAUGAAGAGCACACCUGGUGGCAGAGUCAGUCCAUGUUCUAUGGAGUUCAGUAUCCUAAUUCAGUCAACCUUACUCUGCAUCUUGGUAAGGCCUUUGAGAUCACAUAUGUUCGUUUAAAGUUCUACACCAGCCGACCAGAGAGCUUUGCCAUCUACAAGCGUACAGAAGACAAUGGACCAUGGCAACCUUACCAAUAUUACAGCGCUUCCUGUCGUAAAACCUACAGGAGAGACAAGAAGGGCUUCAUACGUCCAGGAGACAAUGAGAGGAUGGCUGUCUGCACAGAUGAGUUUAGUGAUAUCUCUCCGCUAACUGGUGGAAAUGUGGCCUUCUCCACGCUGGAGGGACGACCCAGUGCCUACAACUUUGAUCAGAGUCCUGUUUUACAGGACUGGGUGACAGCUACAGAUAUCCUCAUCUCUCUGGACAGACUGAACACUUUUGGUGACGAGUUCUUCAAAGAUGCCAAAGUGUUGCGCUCAUAUUUUUAUGCCAUAUCUGACUUCUCUGUGGGGGGCAGGUGCAAGUGUAACGGUCACGCCAGUGAGUGCGGAACCAAUGAGGAGGGACGUCUGGUUUGUGCUUGUGAGCACCAUACCGCAGGGGUCGAUUGUGAACGCUGCGCUCCGUUCUACCAGGACCGCCCAUGGGCACGGGCCACUGCUGACUCAGCCAACCAGUGUGUGAGGUGUAACUGCAGUGGUCGUGCUGAUGAAUGUGUGUUUGAUGUGGAGCAGUACCGCAGCACAGGACACGGGGGGCGCUGUGUUGGCUGCAGGGGAAACACAGCUGGCCCUCACUGUGAGACAUGCAGAGAGAACUUCUACAGAUCAUCACCACAGCAGCCCUGUCAAAACUGCAACUGCAAUGCCUUAGGUUCCAUGAGUUUGCAGUGUGAUAACAAGGGAGUAUGUGUGUGCUGGCCAGGUGUUUCUGGUGUAAAAUGUGACAUUUGCAAGUCUGGUUUCCAUUCUCUCAGCCCUGGUGGAUGCAGGUUGUGUGAGUGUGAUGAGAGGGGAAGUGUGGGAGUGUGUUCAACUGAAGAUGGACACUGCCAUUGCAGAAAUAAUGUGGAAGGACAGUUAUGCAACAGGUGCAAACCAGGCUCCUUCAACCUUCAGCUGGAUAAUCCAGAAGGCUGUAAGAAAUGUUUUUGCUUUGGCCACUCCCUCGCCUGCUCAUCCUCCAAUCAGCAUGUUGCUGUCAAUAUUACUUCAGAUUUUCUAGAAGGUCCAGAUGGAUGGAGGGGUGUAUUCACCAGAGGGCAGGACCAAUCACUGAUCUGGAAGGAGGGAGAGGUUUAUCUGUUACCCAACAGAGAGGAGAAUGGUUUCUACAAAGCACCUGACAGAUUUCUGGGGAACAUGUUGCUAAGUUACGGGCGGACCCUUAGCGUGUCAUUUACGGCUGAACUGGAGGAGCUCUUGCCCAGAAGUGUGACCGUGGUGUUGGAAGGAUCGGGAAUAUCUGUUAGUGCUGAAUUAUACUCUCAACAGGAGCCUCAUCGCUCACUGGACAAGACACCCAUUAACACCUUCACUCUCAGGUUGACAGAGAUGGAUGUACAGCCACCUAUAACCCCACAUGAAUUUCUCAGAAUGCUCUACAAUUUGACUGCUCUACAUAUUUACAACGCAGGAGGCCAGAACUACACCUCACAACUCUCCAUGGUAACCCUUGAAUCUGCAGUCCAGUUAACUUAUAUGGGAGGACAUGGUCCACUUGCUUCAUGGGUGGAAGUUUGCUCAUGUCCCACGGGAUUCAUGGGACAAUUCUGUGAGCUCUGUGCCCCUGGAUUCACCCGGGAGACCCCUAAUGGUGGACCCUUCUCCCAUUGUGUACCCUGUAAUUGCAAUCAACAUGGGACCUGCCACCCUGAGACAGGUGUGUGUGACUGCACAGAUUACACCACUGGCCUCUAUUGUGAGCGUUGUCAGGAUGGUUACUAUGGCAACGCAUUGACUGGCAGCCCAGGUGACUGCUCACCUUGUCCUUGUCCAGAUCGCACCACCUGUGCCCAGGUACCAGGCACAGGGGACGUUGUUUGUACCAACUGCCCAACAAGCCAGAGAGGUGUAAGGUGUGAACUGUGUGAGGAUGGUUUCUAUGGCAACCCUCUGGGCUGGGGUGGCGAAGUUAAGCCUUGUGAGAGGUGCACAUGUAAUAGGAAUGUGGAUCUUAACGCAGUGGGUGUGUGUGAUCAUGUGACUGGACGCUGUCUGAAAUGCCUUGGACAUACAGCUGGAGACCAUUGUGAAAAAUGCAGAUCUGGUUACUAUGGUAACGCUUUGGCUGGUGAUGUCAGCCCAGAGCAAAAGUGCAAACCUUGUGCCUGUAAUGUUGCGGGAACAUCAGGUCCUUUGAAUGACUGCCACCCAGAAACAGGAAAUUGUGUUUGCAUGACUCAUGUGACAGGAAGGGACUGUGGACAAUGUGAAGCUGGCUACUUUAAUCUGCAGCUAGGCUUUGGCUGUGAAAUGUGUAACUGCAAUCCUAUUGGCUCCUCCUCUUCAGCAUGUCAUCCAGUCACAGGCCAGUGCAUGUGUCGAACAGGUGUGGAGGGGACGUCAUGUGAUGCUUGUCGAACCGGCUUCUUUGGUUUUUCCUCAAGAGGCUGCAGAGCCUGUAAUUGUGACCCCAUGGGCUCGACCUCCAUGCAGUGCCAUGACAAUGGGACGUGUUCUUGUCGCCAGGGGUUUGUUGGUUAUAAGUGUGACAAGUGUGAAUUAAACUUCUACCAGAACCGGCUGACUCACCAAUGUGAAGAGUGUCCAGUGUGCUACAGUCUAGUCAGAGACCAGGCCGGUAAACUGAAAGCCAGACUACAGGAGUUGGAGACACUUCUCUCUAGCUAUGACUGCAACAAACACAUUCGCCAGUAUAAGCCCAGACACCAGCAUAACAGUCUGGACAAUCACAUUCAGAAGGACCAGGAUGAAGACUACCUGCCCAAUGCCCUUGAAGACCUUCUUGCUAUUCAAGAGGCUCGCGAGGCCUUCAUCAAGCAGUUCUCACAGCUGGAAACAUCUGCUCAGACCUUACAGCUGCAGCUGCGCAACAUCGCAGCGGCGCUGAACUGCAACCUCACAGCGGGCGUUGAGGAAUCAACAGAGGAAAAAGAAACUUCAAGGAGGGAACAUGAGUGCCGGGAGCUUGUUGACACGCUGUCGGCUGUUCUUAAUAUGCAAGAACAACUUCAAACGAUGACUGAUGACCUUAACAGCAUGGUCAUCCCUACUGUCAUUCCGAAAGAGCCAAAUGAAUGGAACAUCAUAGUGAAUGAAUCUGAGAUGCUGGUUAAAAGUCAUAUAGACAUGGCAGCUCAUAUAGAACAGACUGCAAAAGAUGCCUUCAAAACGGCUAACAAAGCCUAUUCUCAACUCAUCGGUCUGCUAGAAGACAACUCUACACAAUCUUAUAUACAACAUCUCACAGUCAAGCUGGAGGAGAUGCAACGGUUGAAGGAGAACCUGACUCUAGAGGUUAAUGAGACUCAAGCGACACAACUGUCACUUCAAAAGCAGAACUCUGAGAUUGCCGCUCUUUUACAGAACAUCAGCACAUCAGUGUCACAACAGCACAGGACGGAUGUCAAUUUCACCUUCACGGGAGAGAAGACCAACAUAACAUCGCAAAUAUUCAAUCAAACAAAUGUCACAAUGACUCAGGAUCCAAAACUCUCUCAGAGCAAUGAGCUGAUGAACAGAACAGCAGAGUUGGACAUGAAAGUCCAGGCUGAAGAGCAUCUGGUUAACAAGACUAAAGAGGAAAUUCAGCCUCUUGUGGAUAGUGCAAAAGAACACCUGGAAACUGUUCAGAAGCUUGAGCAGAUGACGACUGUGGCUGAAGGAUUUAAAGUGUCAGCCAUCUCCUCUGUGGUGACAGGGAAAAAGAUUGAGGCGGAAAUUCUGUCUCUGCAAAAUGGUCUAGGAGACAUUGAGCGAGAUUGGCCUCGACUGCGCACCCUCAACAAAGAGUUUCUGAAGAGAGAGAAGGGGCUUAAGGAAAAGGUCCUGGUGGAUGUGAAGAAAAAAGUGAAGCAAGGAGAGAGGAUGAACAAAGCUGCAACUGAGAAUGCUAUGGCUGCUAACAACACGGCUAAACUCGCUGAGACGUCUGCAGCAACAGUGGCUAAAGAGGCCAAAGUGUCCUUCACACGGGGGAAGCGGACAAAACAUGCAUCUGCACAGCUGAGCUCAGGGCUGGAUGUCACCCUUGAGCAGUUGACUGAGUUGGAAAGCCAAGCUGCAGGGAAGCUGAAAGCCGCGUUGGCCGAGGAGGACUUGCUUUCUUCAGAGAGUGUCUUAGGCAGCAUGGAGACAGCCAAGGGUCAGCUGGAGUCAUUUACAGAAAUACUAGCUGAGCUCCUACAAAAACUGGAAGAUAAAGUGGCGCUAGAGAACUUUGACAACAUCCUAAAUGCGACAGCAGCCCAUCUUCAUGUUCUCAAAGAUGCUGUGGAGAGCCCAGCACUCACAGGAAAGAUCCACAAACUUCACAAUGCUGCACACAGUCAAGAGAAACAGCUUCAAAGUCUUGAAGAGAACCUACGGGAGAUUCGAGAAGAAAGAGACAGUCUGACCGACAUCGUCCAGAACUUGCCCAAAUGCCCUCAAAGCCUGCACUGAGCUUGUGCAAGGGGGAAGGAAGGGGAAUUAUAGAGACUGUGUAUUUCUAUGAGGAAUCCCAACAUAUAAAUCUCUCUGUCAGAGAGAUGUUGACUUAGAUCAAGAGAAAUAUUCACCUUAGAUAACAACAAAAGCUGAAGUGAAAAGGAGAAAAAAAAUCAUCUGUCUGCAGUCCUUCACUCUAAAAACAAACGGUGCUUUAUAGCACCAAAAGUGGUUCUUUGCUCAUAAUCAUAGAAGAACCAUUUUUAGUGCCAUAUAGCA